UAUAGUAAAAUGCUCGCUUAAUAAAGUCAAGAGUGAAUGAUGUUUGCAGAUUAGAGACACGAAUAUAGUUCCUUUGAUUGUAUUAGUGCAGAAAUCAAGCAUUGUGUUUUUUCUAAUAAAAAUUGAAGAUAUUUUUAUAAAUAUUGCAAAUAACAGAGAUAAUACAGAUUGUUAAAAGAUUAAAACAUACUGACUCGAUAGAUUAAACAUGUCUUCAGUUUGCUACAAAUGUAAUCGUCCUGGACAUUUCGCUCGUGAAUGCCGUAGUAAUUUCGGUGGUGGAAAUAAGUUUGGUAAAUCGGGCCAAAAGUGCUACAAAUGCAACCGAGUUGGGCACUUGGCUAGGGAUUGUCAGGAACAAGAAGAACGUUGUUAUCGCUGCAAUGAUACUGGCCACAAAUCUCGUGAUUGUGAUCGCGAAAAGGAUCAAUUAGGAUGCUACAAUUGCAAGGAAAAAGGUCAUUUGGUACGAGAUUGUCCCACAAAAGUUGAUGUUUGCUUCGCAUGUAAUCUGGAAGGCCAUAUAAGCCGCAAUUGUCCAAACGGACAGAAAAAGACUUCAUCACAACGACAGUAGAAGUGCUGCAACAACAACAAGAGAGUACAACUCAAUAUUACAAACAAAUCAUAACAAAUCUUUUAAUAAAGAGAUCUGUGAUGAUAAGCUGAUUAUUCCAUUCAGAUUCCUUUUUUUUUCAUUUAUAUUGAUCGUAGAUCGUUGCAAAACUUUCAAAAUUCAUCAUAAAAAUCUUCAUCAUUCAGUUUUAUUUAAAUUGUUAAACACGAAGAAAACAAUUUAUCAAUCAUCAUCAUUAAGAAAAGUUUAUUUUGAGGAUGGACGAGAUAAAAAAUAAUAAUAUUAAUAAUGUAAAAGUACGAGACCGGAGAAGAAAAGAGAAGAAGAAGUUAAAGAAAAAGAGUUUUUUUUUUCUUACAAUAUAAAUUUAAGUUUCAUUUUUUUUUCUCAUUACUAAGAGAACUAUGAUUUUUCAUACAAGAAGAAGAAAAUAAUAAGAAGGAGGAGAAUAAAAUAAUUAACUUAACAUAAGAA